UCGGUUUGGAGCAAACGCUACAUAAGAAUUUUGUUGUUUUUUCUUAAAAAAAAAAACAACCCAGGCUGGAUCAGGCCUCUCUAGCUCAGCAUCCUGCUCUCACAGUGGCCAAUGGGAUGCCAAUGGGAAGCUUGCGAGCAGAAUGUGUCAGCACUUUCACAUCCUGCGAUUCCUAGAAGCAUUGCAGCAGGUGUGGGAAUCUUUUCCUGGUAACUACAACUUCCAGGGUGGCAUUGUCGUCUAAACCACUGAGCCCCUUGCACUUGCCAAUCAGAAGGUCAGCGGUUUGAAUCCCCGCAAUGGAGUGAGCUCCCAUUGCUCUGUCCCAGCUCCUGCCAAGCUAGUCCCUCAGUCAGAAAGUGAGAUGAGCGCCACACCGCAUAGUCACCUUUGACUGGACUUAACCAUCCAGGCGUCCUUUACCAUUGGCUGUGCUGGUUGGUACUUCAACAAGUAUUUCAACUUUUGGUUCCCCUCUUAUGAAUAUACUUGUGACUCUCUUCCACUUGGCAGCCAUUAAAAUCAGCCGAAGUGGCUACAGGUUUGCACAAGAUGCCAUGUUUGUGAUAAGUCUUAAAUUUAGCAUGAUGCAGAAAGAGGACGGAUGGUGAAAAGGAAGACCAAGCAGCCACAAAAGCUACACCAUAAAAUGUGAUCGAACAACUUCCCAUGGACCUCCGCGACAGGUUCACCGAGAUGCGCGAGAUGGACCUGCAGGUGCAGAAUGCAAUGGAUCAGCUGGAACAAAGAGUAAAUGAAUUUUUUAUGAAUGCAAAGAAAAACAAGCCAGAAUGGAGAGAAGAACAAAUGACAUCAAUUAAAAAGGAUUACUAUAAAGCCCUAGAAGACGCAGAUGAAAAAGUACAGCUGGCCAAUCAGAUUUAUGACUUAGUAGACCGCCACUUGAGAAAAUUGGACCAGGAAUUAGCAAAAUUUAAAAUGGAACUUGAGGCGGAUAACGCUGGGAUUACAGAAAUAUUGGAAAGGCGUUCUUUGGAACUGGAUACACCAUCGCAGCCACUGAACAAUCAUCACGCUCAUUCACACACCCCAGUAGAAAAACGGAAGCAUAAUCCUUCAUCUCACCACGCAGCGGCAGAUCAUGUCCCCGAAAAGAAGUUUAAGUCUGAAGCUCUUCUGUCAACUCUCACUUCAGAUGCCUCUAAAGAAAAUACACCAGGGUGUCGAAACAGUAAUUCAUCAUCCUCAUCCAACAGUGCAUAUAAUGCAAAUUCUUCCCAGCCAUUGGCAUCGUAUAACCUGGGCUCAUUAUCUUCAGGAGCUGGAGCUGGUGCUAUUACCAUGGCAGCAGCUCAGGCAGUGCAAGCCACAGCACAGAUGAAGGAAGGAAGGAGAACGUCUAGCCUAAAAGCGAGUUAUGAAGCCUUUAAGAACAAUGACUUCCAACUUGGAAGAGAAUUUUCAUUAUCCAGGGAUACCGCUGGGUACUCAUCUUCCGCUUUGGCAUCUACAUUAUCUCAGACUUUGAGUUCAUCAACCACGGAUUCACGGAGUGGUCGGAAAAGCAAAAACAACAACAAAUCUUCAAAUCAACAAUCAUCGUCAUCUUCCUCGUCUUCCUCCUUGUCAUCUUGUUCCUCAUCCUCGGCUCUAGCACAGGAACUGUCUCAACAGACAGCAGCAAUACCAGAGUCCGAAUCUAAUAGCCAAGUUGAUUGGACCUAUGAUCCAAAUGAGCCACGUUACUGCAUUUGUAAUCAGGUGUCCUAUGGUGAAAUGGUGGGCUGUGAUAACCAGGAUUGCCCUAUCGAGUGGUUCCAUUAUGGCUGCGUCGGAUUGACAGAAGCACCAAAGGGGAAAUGGUAUUGCCCACAGUGUACUGCUGCAAUGAAGAGAAGAGGCAAUAGGCACAAAUAAAUGUCUUGCUUGCUUCGCUUCAAUUAAAAAUACGUGCUUCGCUGCGGGAAAGGGGGAGGGAAAUGCUUCUUUGGAACCAGUCAAAGGAGGAUGGAUCUUGCUGUCAUAAAAUGUCGACUUCUUAAUUUUGCUAGUUGUGUUUUAAUAUUGUACUUAAAUUAUUUAUGCACCACGGUUGUGCUAUAAAUACUUUUUCCAGUUAGCCAUGGAUUUUGUUCCAGUGGCAGACAUAUGCAGACAUUUGUACUCUCUUAACCAUUUUCUCUUAAGUGGUGGGCAUUCUGUGACAAUUCAGCCUUCAAAUAAUUCCAGCAAAUUUAAGAUUUUGAAUGGUUUUAUAUUUAGCUGGCAUUCUACUGCAUGUACUGUACUCGAGAGCUGUUAAUGUGGGAUUUUGUGUAUAUAAGUGUUGCAGAAAGAACAUUAGGAGAAUGGAUUUUUUUCCAGAUGCCUUUAUAGCUUUGUUUCUUGUUGAAACUUAAUUCAGCAGGCUGAAGAAAAUGGUUCUUGUAUACACUGGGCUGGUGUCCUCUAGAGUACUUGGUAAAUAAAAACAGACUCUUGUACACUUUAAAACAAAAAUUGUACCACUAGUCUUUAUAUGUUUUGGGGCCAUUCAGGGCACAUUUCAUUAAAAAAGGGUGUUAAAGUGAUAAACCUUUUAUACCAAAUGUGUUUAUUUUUUUGUGCAAGUGAUCCUUUAAAUUGAAACUGUAUUAGGUGUUAAAAUUAAAAGGGGGAAAAAAUCAAACGCUAGUAUUAAUGCUUGGCAUACUUUAUCAGAAAAGUACAGUAAAACAUUUCAUGGAGGCUUUCAUAAUAUGCUGUCUGACUGGAGGAUUUUAAAUAGUUUUUAUUUUUUAAGAAAAUAUAUAAAUAAAAGGUUUCCAUCUCUGA